AAAGAAAGAAGGAACACAUUUUUCAGCUCACUCAUAUGGUGUACACACCUUUGAAAUGGAAGGCAGAGGACAGCCAGCUCAACGGAAGGAAAUGUCCACACGGCCAAAAGAACCAAGAGGUAGGGGACGUUCUGCUCCUAAUCCAGUUCAAUCAGAAAAUACUUUAGCCUCAACAGUGAAGAGAUCAGAGAAGCCUGGAAAACAUACAUCAUCUCAAGGGGAUGACAGAUGUGAUGGACUUUCAAGUUGUAGGAAAAUCUCACAGAAGAAGUCCCCAAGAGUACAAAAAAGCAACAGUAAUCCUGCAGAUGACACAGAUGAGAAUAAUGACAUGAAAACAUCCAGAAAACAAAGUUUAAAGGAUACGUCAGCAAACAAAGAGAAAGACAAAGGAACAUCAUCAGGAAGUAAUGACAAGAUAGCACAACUUACAAGCAAUGUAAGGUAUUUACCCAAUGGAUUACACUGUACAACUGAGAAGAAACCCUCCAGAAAACGGAAUACAUCAAAAUCAUUGGACCAAGAGACAAACAGAGCAGAGGAUAAAUCUUCUGCCUUUAAAAUGAUAGACAAACCACAAAAAUUAAAUGCUAAAUAUAAAUCCAGUGAUGAGAUAUGUGAAAUUGAACGCCAAGCAGAAGUUGCUUCAGAGAAGAAAGUUUGUGGUAAAACAAGUAAAGCAGAAAAAAUGAAAAUGUCAAACUUAAAGAAUGAACAUGUCGCUGAGCCCAAAGAAAGAGAUGUGAAUGUGAAAAGUGUUAAUUCCAGAACUAGGAGAUUGAAGGAUGUGGUUGAUGUAAAAUUAAGAUUGAAGAUGGAUUAUAUUUCAAACGCAGCACAGAACGUUAAUAAGGUUGUAGAUGUAAUACUGAAAUCUGAACAAUUCCGCAAAGAUUCUCUUUUCAAGGACAUAAAAAAAAUGAGCACUGGCAGCUACUAUGAGCAUGUUAAGAUCUCAAAGCCAAAUGAAUUUGACAUCAUGUUAAUGAUCUCCCAACGACCAUACAGCACAAUCAAAAUUACAAACCUGGACAAUGAAGGUCCUUUCUACACAUUGGCGUACAAAGAACGAAAGCCACAAGCCAUGACUGAAUAUCUAGAUUCGGAAGGGAACAUUUCUGCCAGGAAAAUCGUGGGUGAAUUCAGAGCUCUUAUUAAGCAAAUCAUUGGCAAACCAGGAAUGGAGGAAGUAUCUCUACAGAGGAAAGAUCCUGGGAGCCCUGCAGUAACUCUUAUUAUUAAAAAUGAACUUCAGGACAUUUCAGUAGAUCUUGUACUUGCCUUAAAAAUACCCAGCAGAUGGCCUGAACAAACUAAUAGUGGAAUGAACAUUGAUAACUGGCUUGGUACGAAGGUAAAACAGGCGUAUAUAAAAAAUCACUUCUACAUGGUACCCAAACAAGCAAUGGCUGGAAACAGAAUAAUCAAUGCAGAUACAUGGCGAAUUUCAUUUUCAGAAAUUGAGAAGAAAAUAUUAGCCAAUCAUGGAAACGUAAAAACCUGUUGUGAAAGUGGAGGAAGCAAAAGAGAGAUGUGCUGCAGAAAACAGUGUCUUAAACUGCUCAAAUACCUACUAGAGCUGCUUAAAAAUAACGGAAGUCAAAGAAAAAUGGAUCAGUUCUGUUCAUACCAUGCCAAGACUGCACUACUGCAUCACUGCUCACUAUGUCCAAAAGAUGAAGACUGGAAAUUAGAGGAUAUGGAAUCAUGCUUCAACAGAUAUGUUGAGUUCUUCCAGGACUGUCUUAAGAAGUAUACUCUGUGCAACUUUUUCAUACCUUCCCAUAAUCUUUUCAGUGCACAAUCUGUAGAUAAAUCAAGCUGCGACUAUCUUUUUAAGGAACUAGAAAAACAAAAAUCAAAUAACUACCCUAUUUUUUAUGAAUAGGGUAGUGCACAUAGAACAGUGAUGGUGAACCUUUUACAUACCAGUGCCCAAACUGCAACCCAAAACCCACUUAGUUAUCGCAAAGUGCUAACACUGCAAUUUAACCUGAAUACUACAGUCCAAUAUAGUAUAUCUUCCAUUUAGCUAUAAUAGCCUGCCUGCUCUCAAUGCGGUGCUUGUGCUGUUCAUAGUGCGCCCUGCGCUGAUGAAUGGCAGGAAGAGUCUAA